CCCCCAGCCCCGCCCCCUCCCCGCCCCUCCCCCACCUGCGCUUCGAGAUCAGCAGCGAGGACGGGCUGAGAAUAACGGCUCCCAGUUUGGAGGGAGCCUGGCGCGCGGUGCUGGAGCAGGUGCAGGAGGCUCGAGCCAACGCCCACCUGAAGCACCUGAGCUUUGCAGGGAUGAGCGGGUUGCGGCUGCUGGGCAUCCACCACGACGCCGUGGUUUUCCUGCUGGAGCAGCUGCCGGGGGCCGGGAGCUGCUCCCGGUACCGGUUCCGGUACCACCCCCCCCGCCGGGACCCCCCCCACGCGCCCCCGCCCCGGAACCCCUCGGGCUGCGCCCGUGCUGAGCUCUACCUGAGGAAGUGCACCUUCGACAUGUUCAGCUUCCUGGCGUCCCAGCACCGCGCCCUCCCCCAGGGACCUCCCCCCCGCGAGGAGGAGGAGGAUGAGGUGCAGCUCAAGCCCACCCGCCGCGCCACCAGCCUGGAGCUGCCCAUGGCCAUGCGCUUCCGGCACCUGAAGAGAACGGCCAAGGAGGCAGUGGGGGUCUAUCGCUCGGCCAUCCACGGGCGGGGCCUGUUCUGCAAGAGGAACAUCGAGGCCGGGGAGAUGGUGAUCGAAUAUUCCGGAAUCGUCGUGCGCUCCGUGCUCACCGACAAGCGGGAGAAGUUCUACGACAGCAAGGGCAUCGGCUGCUACAUGUUCCGCAUCGACGAGGCCGAGGUGGUGGACGCCACCAUGCACGGCAGCGCCGCGCGCUUCAUCAACCACUCGUGCGAGCCCAACUGCUACUCGCGCGUCAUCCACGUCGAGGGCCACAAGCGCAUCGUCAUCUUCGCCCUGCGCCGCAUCCUGCGCGGCGAGGAGCUCACCUACGACUACAAGUUCCCCAUCGAGGAGCCGGCGGCCAAGCUACCUUGCAACUGCGGCGCCCGGCGCUGCCGGCGCUUCCUCAACUGAGCUGGGAAGGGUCUCCGGGAGGAGUCCUUGAGG